AUGACCAAGAUGAAAAUGGUAUAUCUCGUCUUCACUACACGAUUUUGCACGAAACGGUACAUUUCAGGAUGGCUGAUUCCGGAGAUGAGACCUUAUGAAAUCCUGAUCGGAGGAGAUCACAUCUCUCCAUGCCUUACAGAAGUUAUAAAGGAAGGAAGUUUGCCUACGUUCUUAACUAAGGCUUACAAUGCUAGGGCAAAGAAUUUGCCUUCUGAAAAUGAGCUGAAAGCAGCAAGUGCAGCUGUAAUGGCAUGUAUUUACUACGUUUGGAUUGAGAGAAGUGCUAGGAAAUUUCAAAAGGGCACCAUGACUGUGAAAUAUAGGUAUAUGAAUCUGUAUGUUUUAGAUGAAAAUGAUGAGGAAAUGUUUAAGAAAGGUAAUGACUAUUUGGUGAGAGAAAAUCAGAACCCUGUUGAGGAUGAAUGUAUGAAUAAAGCAGAGAAUGAAAGUGAAGAAAUCGAGAAAAUCGUCAAGGAAUGGACUGAAAUCAAUUCUGAAUAUGAUUCGGACACAGAUGAUGGAGAUUAUGAAGAAGAACCAGAUGAGGAAGAAGAUGAUUCAAUGUGUGAUGAUGCAUUAGAGGGAGAUGAUAAUGACCUGAAAUGUGGAACACUUUUAAAGAGUUUGGUUGAUGCUAAAUUUGCAAUAAAGAGUUGGAAUAUUUUAAGGAGUAGACAGUGGAAGUUUGAUAAAAUGGAUGGCAGAAGAGUUAGUGCUUACUGUCCUAAUUGUGAUUGGGAGAUUUAUGUAACUAAAAGCCAAACCACUGGUGAAGUUACUGUCACUAGAUUUGUUACACAACAUACCUGCCUUUAUGAAUUAAACAAUCCUUGUGUGAAGGCUGAUUGGAUUGGUGUAGCUGGUGUUGAGUUUGUUAAGGAGGACCCGAUGAUCAAACCGAGAAAGUUUAUUGAAAAGAUCAAGAAAAAAUAUAGUAUUUGGAUGAUUGAUUACGAGGGAUACAAAGCUAGAAAAUUGGCAAUGAGGAUUGCUUUUGGGAACCAAGCUGACCAAUUUGAGAAGUUGAAUGUAUAUGUUAAUGAGGUUCUUAGGAGUAACCCAGGAAGCACAUGUUUGUUGAAAAUUGUUAUCUAUCUUGAUGGAACAUUCUUAAAAGGAGGGUCAAAGGGACUUGGGAUGCUACUUACCACUGUUGGAAUUGAUCCAAACAAUGGUAUAUAUCCAGUUGCAUGGGCUGUAGCAGAAGGUGAAACCGAGGAGUCUUGGGAGUGGUUCUUGCGAAUUCUGAAAGGUGAUUUGGAGAUUGAUUAUGAUUUUGAAUGGACUGUUAUGAGUGAUAAGCAGAAGGGGCUAAUCCAAGUAGUUAAAAGUGUUUUCCCUAGAGCUGAUCAUCGAUUUUGUGUAAAACAUAUGCAUCCAAACUUCCAGCAUGGUGGAUUCAAGGGACAUGGACUAAGGAGGAUAUUAUGGAAUGCAGCAAAGGCAACUACUGAAAAUCAGUAUAGAGAAAGGAUGAAUGAACUAGAAACCUUAAAUAGCAAGGCAUGUGCAUGGUUCAAAGAUAAGCCACCUGCUCAGUGGAACUUCGUGGAUGAAUGCUAUUUUGUAGAGACAUAUUUGAAAUUUUAUGAGCCAGUCAUCUUACCCAUGAAUGGUGAAAAACAAUGGGCCAAGGUGAAUGAGCCUCCUCCUUUGCCCCCUCUAUUUGUAAGGGGACCUGGAAGACCUAAGAUGGCCAGAUACAAAUCAGUUCAAGAGGUGAUGUUAACCCACAUGUUGGCACAGGUAAAGAGGAAGAGAAAGCAACAAGAUGAAAAGGAACCAAAUCAGGGAACCAAUAGAUCAACUCCAAUGUUAGUGUUGAGGAAUGGAUAG